CUGCAGCCCGGAGGAGGAGGAGUAGGAUGGAGGCGGUGUUUAACAUCCAGUCCCGCCUACCGGACCAUUAACGACCGAAGGUAUUAUCCUCGUCUGACCCACCCCUGAAACCCACCUUCAUGAAUGUGGAAGGUAUACUGCUGGCAAUAGUGACUAAAAUGUAAAAGCUACAUCGGCUAGUUAUGAAAUUCGUUCCGUUUCAACUAUCCUCUUUCGGCUGUGCUAACUAUAAGCUAACGCAGGCUAGCAUCACACAGGUAACUGGAAAAAGAAGACAACAUGACAUGAGCUACUGGAGAUAUAGCUGCAAAUUCACUGCUGGCUUCUGCAAUCAAAUUGGAGGUUGCAUACGUUUAGAUGGAGGUGGUGUUCUCACUCUACCUGCGACCAUCAGGGGGUCUGUGGAGGUUUGGGUGAAGGACACGAACCUUGACUCUCAAAGCUUGCUGCUCUUCCCGGCCACUGCAAGAUUCAUUGAGCACAAGAUGAUGUCCGACGCCAGUGAUAUGUUGGCAGCAGCUUUGGAGCAAAUGGAUGGGAUCAUAGCAGGGUCCAAGGCCAUGGACUACUCCAACGGGCUGUUUGACUGCCAGUCGCCCACUUCACCUUUCUUGGGUGGCCUUCGGGUGCUGCACCUGCUGGAGGACCUGCGGGGAGUGCUGGAGCUCAUGGACAACGAGGAGAGGGACAACCUGCGGUGUCAGAUCCCUGAUUCCACUGCAGAAGGGCUGGCAGAGUGGCUGCAGGGACGAUUGACUAACGGCCACGGCUCAGAAGCAGUCUACCAAGAACGUCUGUCACGACUGGAAAGUGACAAAGAGUGUCUUAUUCUUCAGGUAAGUGUUCUAACAGACCAGGUGGAGGUGCAAGGUGAAAAGAUCCGGGACCUAGACAACUGCCUGGAUCAUCAUCGAGAGAAACUAAAUGCUACUGAGGAGCUGCUGCAACAGGAGCUGUUGAACCGGACAACACUGGAGACCCAGAAGCUAGAGCUGAUGACCGAGGUGUCCAGUCUGAAACUGAAGCUGACGGCUCACAGGGACAAUGAGGGCUUGUACCAAGAAGUAACAGACCUGCGGUUCAGGGUGACUGACAUAGAGAAUGAAAGACUGCAGUGUGAGAAGAAACUCAAAGCUACCAAACGUCCAAAGCGGAACACUGAACGGUUCACUGGAGAUGAGGAGGAGCUGCAGUUUCUGCAGCAGCAGCUGGAGGAGCGAGAGGUGGAGCUGACGAGGCUGAAGGACGAGAGCAGACUGAGGGUGGAGAGCCACAACAGAGCUGAGGGAGGAGAGAGAGAUUCAGAAGUGUUGAAGAUGAAGAUGGCGUUGGAGUCACUGGCGUCGGCCAACGAUGUGAAGGAACAAAGGAUAAAGGAGCUGGAGGAGUCACUCACAAAGUGCAAGAAGGUGCAGCAGCUGGUCAAAGAGAAGUUGGAGGAAAAUGACUAUGACGAUAUCCCAGAGGAUCCCUCGGCUUCUGUGUCCAUGGAGAUGGAUCAGGUCACCCUGGUGUUUGAAGGGGAGGCAGGAAGAAACUCUGGCGAGUCUAUUCCAUGUAUAGCAGUGCUUUCUGAAAUGAAUGACCUGGACAGAGAACGACAGUUACAGGCAGCCAAAAGUUCCUUAGACGUCCCGCAGCCAGGCAGCUCAGCCAUAAGCAGCAUCUCUGACCAGGCCAAAAAAAAUGCCGGACCUGGUUCCUCAUCUCCUACCAGAGCAAACACCACAAGCGAUGACAGCUUUGGUUCCAAGAAGGCCCGUUCUUCUUUCGGCCGGGGCUUCUUCAAGCUGCGUGGAGGCAAGCAGACAGCCAGCUCUCCGAACCUGGCUGAGACAGAACGUAAAGGCACAGAGCACCUGGAUUUGGCCGGUGUUCCUCCACAAAAAUCUCAUGAUGGAGCCCCUCUACCGUCCUCACCUGAAACCAAAAAGAAGUCCAAAGGCUUCAUGAAAUUCUUUGGCAGACUAAAGAGGAGUCACUCUACCUCCUUCAACCUGGAUGAUGCAGCAGAGAUGGAGUUCAGGAGGGGAGGAGUCAGAGCCACAGCCGGCCCUCGACUAGGCUGGUCACGUGAAACUAAACACAAUGCUGUCGAUGUGCCUUUCUCGCAGUGGAGUAAAGAUGAAGUGUGUGCGUGGCUGCAUGAGCAGGGCCUUGGGUUAUAUGUUGCCCAGGGUCAGAGCUGGAUUAAAUCGGGACAAACGCUACUGCGGGCAUCACAACACGAUCUGGAGAAGGAGUUGUGCAUUAAGCAGCCUCUCCACAGGAAGAAGUUGCAGCUGGCUCUACAGGCUCUCGGGUCAGAGGAGGACGAUUUAAAGGGCAGACUGGACAGCAACUGGGUGACCAGGUGGCUGGAUGACAUCGGCCUCCCGCAGUACAAAAGUCACUUUGAUGAGGCUCGUGUUGAUGGACGCGUGCUGCACUACAUGACGGUGGAGGACUUGCUGUCUCUGAAGGUGGGCAGUGUUCUCCAUCACCUCAGCAUCAAGAGGGCCAUUCAGGUCCUCCGCCUCAACUGCUACGAACCCAACUGUCUCAGGCGACGACCCUCUGAUGAGAACAACAUGACACCAGCAGAGAUCUCCCAGUGGACCAACCACAGAGUAAUGGAGUGGCUCCGGUCUGUGGAUUUGGCAGAAUACGCCCCAAAUCUGAGGGGCAGCGGUGUUCAUGGAGGACUGAUGGUGUUGGAGCCCCGCUUCAACGUGGAGGCGCUCGCCCUUCUGCUCAACAUUCCUCCCAACAAAACCCUGCUGAGACGCCACCUGGCCACACAUUUCCACUUGCUCAUCGGCUCUGAGGCGCAGCGGCUCAAACAGGACUGUCUGGAAAACCCCGAUUACACCGUUCUCACCGCUACCGCCAGGGUCAAGGUAAAGCCUAGACGCCUGUCAUUCGGUGGUUUUGGCACUUUGAGGAAGAAACGUCAGGAUGAUGGCGAGGACUACAUCUGCCCCAUGAACGUGGAAAUGCCCAAGAGCAGCAGCUUCCAUAAGGGCCUCCAGAUCUACGAGGAACACCUCGACCACCUGGAACAGAUGGAAGACUCUGAAGGGACUGUGAGACAGAUAGGAGCAUUUUCUGAGGAAAUCAACAAUCUAACGAUCAUGCUGAAGGAAGAUGAGUUUUGUCACGAGAUCUCCGUCGACGCGGCAGAAACCGAUCACAACUCUAGUGUUUGAUUGAGACACUUUGUGAAUUAAGAAUGAACUGUGCCAACCAGAAUCCAAAUCCUCCCACCAACCGUUGUAGAAGAACAUGUGAGACCUCCACUUUUACAGUGUUUUCAUUAUUCAGAAGUACAGCCAUAUUUUGACAUAUUUAUUUAAGCUGUCCAAAAUAUAAUGCAUGAACUUAAAAUGCAAGAUUUUAUUGCAUUGAUGUACCUCUUAUAAUUCAAGCAUGUUUUUGUAUUUUAGUAAUCAGUGGGGUAAGGAUACAUGUUAGUUUUUCUCAUGUCUCCCCUUUAUUUUGAGUGCAGUACUCAAGUUUUCAUGUCCUCAGCUGCAGUCAGAUUUAUUUUUGUUGUGGUACGGAAAGUUGCUUCAUAGAUCAGUUCAUUCAAAUUACAGCAAACCCUCUCUCUUUUACUUCUAGUGAUAUCUAGCUGCAUAGAUAGUUUUUGUUUGCCCAGGUUUUGAAAUCUCUGCCUCCACUCCAACUAUAGAAGUGAUUGGGAUUUUGUGUGUGGUGCUCACAGCAUUGAACACAUUUGUCCUUGUUAACACUGUAUAUAACCCUCACACUGAACAGUUUCCAUUGAAACCACUUCUUUCUAUUAUGAAAACGGUUGAUAAUGUGUUCCGAGCAUCACGCUGCUUCUGGACAGAUGUUGCUGUUGAGUUUUCAAUCCUGUGAGCAACCCCCAUGUAAUGCACAGUGUUGGGGUUCAGGCAGAUAUCUCAAAACCUGGACCAAUAAAACCUAAACUAUCUGCCUGACUAGAUACCACUAGAGGGGGUAGUAAGAAAGUGUUUUGGGAAAUAUGCCUAUAUUUGCUUCCUUUCCUAGAAUUUGAUGAGGAGAGCGAUACCACUCUUGUGUCUUUAAGUAUGAAGCUGCAGUCAGGAAGUGAUUAGCUUAGCAUAAAAACUGGAGGCUUGUCUCUCUCAAAAGCCCACCAGAACCUCUCAAGCUCACUAACAUGCAUCUCUUUAAUCCAAAUGCUGUUUACCAACACGUAACUCUCCCUAAAACCACAAAUUGACCAAAUGAGAUGCAUGUUAAUUAGUGAGCUUUAGAGGUACUGAUAGGUGUAUUCUUAAGCCGUUCUCUCUACUUCUAGUCUUUAUGCUAAGCUAAUAAACUCCUGGCUAGCUCUAUACUCAACGAGUGGUAUUGAUCCUCAAGCUCUGUGCAUGAAAGUGUUUUUUCUCCAAAUGUCAACCUCUUCCUUUUAGAAACAGCAUGACUGAAAGUAAACAUGGAAAUCAGUUUUUAAAUGUAUGGUAAUAAAAAGAAGAAAAUGCA